GAAUCCACGGAGGUCUGAAGGGAGAGUAACGACGUUGGAGGCGAAUGGUGAACGUGAAUAUUGCACUAGGAUGAAACACUCCAGAGAUUCUGCGGCCUUCAUUGUUGUUUUAUUCGAGGCGCGAUGACAUGCUCAAAAUGUGGACUGAAGACAAAUGAGAUGGAGAAGUCCACCAAAUUUUAACUGAGGGCACAAUUUCACCUGUAAAACCGAUUGCUUCAGAAGAUUCAAGUCGAAGAUGAUGAACUUCAGCGACAUAAAAGCUCUAGAAGCUCUGUUUAGUUCCUCGAGUGGCGAUGAAAUCCGUGAUUAUUCAGAACCACAACCAGAGGCUCUGAAUCCAGGCCAUAUUGGUCCACAAUACAGUAAAAACGUCAAAGGGGGAGAAGAAGACGAAAAGAAAGAACAAGACAAAGAGGAGGAACCUGAAAUCGACAUUGACAAGGAUGCCGAAUUACAUGGCCGGGCUCGUUUCACGCCAGACAGGUAUGCAUUCGUGUAUAAGCAAGCUGUGUCUUGCAACGAUGUUUAUAUGCAAAUGAGCGAAAAGGACUGCGGAAGUCUGAGCUGUGAAGAAUUGGUGAUGAAAGUUAAGCUGCCUGGCACAGAUGGCUUGGAAGAACUGGAUCUGGAUGUGCACAAAACCUACUUGAAACUUGUGUCUCCACAAUAUUACCUGUGUUUGCAUCUGCCUCACAAAGUCAACAUGGAGCGGAGCUUUGCCAAGUGGGAUCCCGUAUUAGCAACCCUAAUCGUCACCAUGCCCAUCAUUGAGCGUGACUGGAUGCGUCGACCUUGAAGUUGGGUUAGCAGAAGCAGAAAAACUUCAACCGAAUAACGGAGUGUGCCAACAAAACACAGGCUUUAGGAUUACCCAACUAUUGUGCCAUCACAAACGCAACGAAGGAUCCAUAUCAAGUGAUGUCCAGAGAAAACCAUGCAGGUUCGACAUGUCGAACAGUCAUCGUUUUAGAAGUGAUUGACGAAUAGAGCGCUGAAUUUCACACGUUCGAGUGACAAUCUUCUGCUGCCAAGAGGCCAGCACUCAGAAUCUGAUCUUCAGAAUUUUCCACUUGAACUCCCUCAGUAAAAAAUUUCAAAAUGAUGCAUAAAAGGAGAGUUGGAUGGCAGUUAUAAAACUUAACAGGAAAUGAGAAGUCACGGUUGUGGUCAUGUUUGGUCUUGGGUGUUUGCAUUUUCAAUUUUCUGGUUUUUGUGUUUUUCCAGCUCUCGGAGUUUAAAAGGGUAAACUAUGGCGUAUUACAUUUAAGUAAUAUAGAUUGAAAUUUUAUAGUAGUGAAACACUUAAAAUUAUAUUAGAAUAGCUCUAAAUGAUAAAAUGUGUAAUUCUACAUAUCCAUGUUGUAAUUAAAGUUCAUACCAAAACUUUGGCAAAAA